AUGUCGAAUAAUUCAUCUUUGAUUGAUCAUAACAAUGGUCUUGAUUACAUUCUUCUCUUUCGUUUGAUCGUAUGGGGUUACGUUGGAAUGGUGCUGAGUCUAUUCGGUAUCGUCGGAAAUAUCAUUACGAUUCUCGUACUUAUAUCACCAUCGAUGCGCACAACAUCAACAAAUAUCUAUUUAACAGCCAUCUCAUGUUCAAAUAUACUAUUUCUUCUCAUUUUUAUUCCAUCGUAUUCGAUAAGAUAUUUAAUAGGCUAUCGAUUAUAUAUCACCAAUCAACCUCCAUUCGCAUUCGAACUUUUACUUACACGUUUACCUACAACACCCAUAUAUAAUACGAUUACGCUUUCGAUUAUCUAUUUAACGAUAGCAGUAUCGAUGGAUCGUCUAAUCUUAGUGAAAGUUCCAUUGAAAGCGAAAAAAAUUUUGACACCACGCACGACAAUGAUUGCCAUUGCAUUAAUAUACUCAUUCUCUAUUCUCUAUUGUAUUCCUUACUGGCUGGAGCAAGAGUAUAAACCUGAACUGAAACAAUGCCGUUUGACUCACAUCGGGAGGAAGAUCUACAAAUACACUCGGAUCUAUAUUUACAUACCCGUUGUUUACUUGAUACCGUUUACAACAUUGACAUGUAUAAAUAUAUCUAUCAUUAUUAAUUUAGUGGCUAAUAAACGUCGGAAGAAAUCUUUGGCUGCCAAAACAAAUAAGAAGAAGCAAGCGGAUUAUCACAUAACCUUGAUGCUCGUGGCUGUAAUUAUCGUUUUUGUUUUAUGUCAAAUGCCGUUGUUAGUAUUGAACGCUUGGCAUGCGAUUGAUUCUCACGGUUCGUCCGAGAGUAUACUAUUUCACUCGUUGAAUACUAUUGGAAUAUUGUUAUUAGUUUGCAAUACUUCGACGAAUUUCUUGUUGUAUUGUUUCUUUGGAGAAAAAUUUCGUAAAACAUUAGUUCGAUUCAUUUUCAACUUAUUUUUAAAUCCGAGUAAACAAACGAAUUUACACUCCCGAAUUUCCAAACUAGCCGAUAGUGAAACGCGAGGCUCUCGACCAACAAGAACAUCGAACAAUCUUACAUCUGAAUCGGCAAUUUCCAAGCGAAAAUCAACUGAACUUAGUCAAGGAGUUCCUUCCGAGACAUCGAAACAUAGUGCCGUAUUGAUACCAACAACUAUUCCUGAAGAAUCCAGUCCAUUAUUCACAGAUGCGGAAUGCAACUCAACUGACGAGAAAGCUUCUCCAAGUAAAUCUGAUCAAAAAUUCAAUUUGUACACAUAUACAAACGGCAAACAAUUAUUAGUAUUAAAGAUCUAA